CACCUUAACCGCCGCAAUUGAUUUCAAUUGAGUUGAAUCCGUUCUACUUAACGCACGGUGCGCGGUGGUGGUGGUUUUUGCAGUACUACUCGUACAUUAAAACAUAGAAUCAUUUUUGUUUGCUUUGGUUUGACAACUGAAAAGACGCCAAAAAUGUGUAAGUUUAAUUCGCGUUUGUUUGUCUUUCUGGUAGUUGGUUCAUUGUUGUUAUUGACGCCGACGACGCUGAUUAAAGCUAGACCACUUGAAAAAAGAUCUAUAAUCGAUAUGUUAGGCUUUGGAAAUGACUACGAUCUACGUUAUGAUCAACGUCAAAAAGGUCUCGAGAAUUUCAGAUUGAAAUUGGAUGGAUUCUUUAUUGGUGUUCCAGCUGAAGCGACAGGAUUAUUUUUGACAAGUGAAGAAUUUAUCGAUGUUUUGAGCGAUGAGCUUCUAUCCAGUCGUCGUCGUGACGAAAACCAAGGUCAAUCGGGUGAAAAUAAAUCGACACCUAGUCAAAUGGUUGCUUCGGAUUUGAUACAAAAACAAGUUGAAAAUUACCAGAGAGCAGAGAUCGAAAAAGCGGAAGAAGAGGGUUUGCUGUCUCAAAAAACAUAUGGUGAAGCAAGAGGUGAUUCUAAUCGUGGAUCGAGAACAAAACUCUACCUUAUGAACUUAAUCGAUUAUAUCCGCAAAAAUCGACGAAACUGAUCAAAAAUGGGAAGCACGAAAUCUAAUGUAUUUUAUAUUUAAGGUAUAUAUAAAUAAGACUGAUUUUUUUUUAUAAAUUAUACUUUUUUUUUUUAUUGUGUGAUGGUUAUUUUUAUUUUAAGAAAUGGAAAAUAAAAUAAAUUGUUUAUCUGGUUCA